UGAAACGUAUGACCUGUCUCUGGCCUUGGAGUGUAGCGCGGUGCUGCUAGUUGUUGUGUGUGCUGGCUGUCGGACUUAAUUUGCGCUAACUGUCUAGUGUUCCUGUCCGACAACUCCGCUAGUAAUCUGGGGACCGUUACGGUGGAGCUGAGCAACAAUGCUGAAAUGUAGAACUGUAUGGAAAAAGCUUGCACCACUUGCUAGAGCUUCCUCCACGCUCUGCCGGCAGAAUGUGAGGAGAACAGCAUUAAACAAUGGCAGAACACCAGCAUAUGUCCCUGUGGCUCACAUGUCCAGUGGGCCUGCAGGGGGAGGUCGUGCAAACCAGAUAUAUGUCCUUCUGGUUGGAGCAGCGUGCGUCGGGGGUGGAGUAUACACAUACCGAACUGUCAAGGGAGACGGCCAAAGAUAUCAGGAACGUAUUGAAGAAAUCUCCUCCCGACCAAUUAAAACACAAGACUCCUACAUCCAGACAGAGCCUCCUGCUGUGGAAGCCACUGAGACAGAAGCCGUCCCUGAGCCAGAACCUGAAGCAGCCCCUUCAUCAGAAGAGCCGAGCCCUCCAGCCGCUGACGUUGAAGCAGUGAUCCCCCCUGAAACAUCUGAAGCCCCCCCUGAAACAUCUGAAGCCCCCCCUGAAACAUCUGAAGCCCCCCCUGAAACAUCUGAAGCCCCCCCAGCAGAGGAGCCAGUGGUAGAAGCCCCCCCAGAGGAGGCAACAGAACCCCCUGCUGCUCCUGUAGUUGAGGAGGAACCACCAGCAGCAGAGCCAGUGGUAGAAGCCCCCCCAGAGGAGGCAGCAGAGCCCCCUGCUGCACCUGUAGUGGAGGAGGAACCACCAGCAGCAGAGCCAGUGGUAGAAGCCCCCCCAGAGGAGGCAGCAGAGCCCCCUGCUGCACCUGUAGUGGAGGAGGCAGAACCAUUCGCCCCCUCUGAGCCCCCCCCAGCCAAGCUAACGGAGCCCCCUGCAGCUGUUGAGGAGAGCGAACCUACAGCAGCAGCAGAGCCCGCAGAAAGCCCCGCAGCAGAGCCCGCCGAGCCUCAGCCUGAAGCUGUGGCGGAGAGCGCAGCAGAGCCAGUGGUAGAAGCCCCCCCAGAUGAGGCAGCAGAACCCCCUGCUGCUCCUGUAGUGGAGGAGGCAGAACCCUCCGCCCCCUGUGAGCCCCCCCCAGGCGAGCUAACAGAGCCCCCUGCAGCUGUUGAGGAGAGCGAACCUUCAGCAGCAGCAGCAGAGCCCGCCGAGCCCGCCGAGCCUCAGCCUGAAGCUGUGGCAGAGAGCGGAGACUCUGUAGCUGCCUCUCUCAAGGUCCCCUCACACGCCCCCUACCUCCUGAUUGGAGGAGGUACCGCCUCCUUCGCUGCCGCCCGGUCUAUUCGAGCCAGAGACCCCGGUGCCAAGGUGCUGAUUGUGACUGAAGAGCCAGACGCUCCAUACAUGAGACCCCCUCUUUCCAAAGAGCUGUGGUUCUCUGAUGACCCCAGUGUGACAGAAACACUGCGUUUCAAGCAGUGGAAUGGAAAGGAAAGGAGUAUCUUCUUCCAGCCACCAUCAUUCUACAUCACUGCAGAGGAAUUGAGUAGUGCAGAAAAUGGCGGAGUGGCCAUUCUCACAAACAGAAAGGUGGUUCACAUGGACGUGAGAGGAAACAAAAUCAAACUGGACGAUGACACUGAGAUUUCAUACGACAAGUGUCUGAUUGCUACUGGUGGUGUGCCAAGAAAUCUCCAGGUCAUUGAAAGAGCAGGAGAGGAGGUGAUGCAGAAGACAACGUUGUUCCGCAAGAUCGAGGACUUCAAAGAACUUGACAAGGUCUCCCGAAACGUCAAAUCCAUCACUAUCAUCGGAGGUGGAUUCCUGGGCAGUGAGCUGGCCUGUGCCCUCGGCAGGAGAUCAUCAGAGUUUGACCUGGAGGUGAUACAGAUGUACCCUGAGAAAGGCAACAUGGGAAAAGUCUUGCCUGAGUAUCUGAGUAACUGGACAACAGAAAAAGUCAAGAGCGAGGGUGUGAAAAUAAUCUCAGAAGCUUUGGUGAAAUCUGUGGUCUCCAAAGAUGACAAGUUAGAAAUCCAGCUGAAGGAUGGCCGAUUGGUGAAAACGGACCACAUCGUGGCAGCGGUUGGCCUGGAGCCCAAUGUGGACCUUGCCAAGUCAGCAGGUCUGGAGGUGGACUCUGACUUUGGAGGCUUCCGGGUCAAUGCAGAGCUGCAAGCUAGAUCCAACAUUUGGGUGGCGGGAGAUGCUGCGUGCUUCUACGACAUCAGACUGGGCCGCAGACGGGUGGAGCACCAUGAUCACGCCGUGGUGAGCGGGAGGCUCGCAGGGGAGAACAUGACCGGAGCCAACAAACCAUACUGGCAUCAGUCCAUGUUCUGGAGCGACCUUGGGCCUGAUGUGGGCUACGAGGCCAUUGGGAUAGUUGACAGCAGCCUACCAACAGUAGGAGUGUUUGCCAAAGCCACUGCCAAGGAUACGCCUAGAGCUGCCACAGAGCUGUCAGGAACUGGAAUCCGGUCAGAGAGUGAGACAGAGGACACAGCCACCAGCCCAGUGGCCUCCUCCACGCCCGCUCCCUCUGGAUCCCACAAAGACGAGUACGGAAAGGGAGUCAUCUUCUACCUGAGGGACAAGGUGGUGGUGGGCAUCAUCCUGUGGAACGUGUUCAACAGGAUGCCCAUCGCUAGGAAGAUCAUCAAGGACGGAGAGGAACACUCAGAUCUGAACGAAGUUGCCAAACUGUUCAACAUCCACGACGAUUAAGAUGGCCGCCACUUAUUAAAGCAGGGAGAGUUACGUUUCAUGUUAAAACUGAACUUUGGCAGGCAUUGCCUCACUCUUGAAGACACAACCGAUCACACAAGAAAGAACAACAGCAUUCAUGUAAAUCAUGUCAUGUCGCUGAAAUGUGUUUCAUAAAUGGGAAUUUGUGUGUUUCACCUGUUUGCGCUUCUUUUUCUAUCCAGGAAAAAUCAUUGUCUUCUUUUCCACCCAAAACCUUUGCUCAUGUUUAGAAAAAAAACAAGAUGUGAUGUGCUUUUUCUUCAUACCAGUUUGAACAAAUGCUGAGCGUGGAAUAUUGUUUUUCUGUGUGUGAUCAGAGCAGCUCGUCGUGAGAGAAGCUGCAAUAAAGGCUAUUUUUAAAUUGGA